AUGGAUAGCAUAAGCUCUGGUCUAACCCACAGAGCUGGUCUCCAGCAAUACCCCUCAGGACUAGUAAAUGUCCACGUAAACAACAAUCCCAAAAUCAACAACGGCGCAUGUUCCAACAUGACACCGAGGGAAUCCACAAACAGCGCCCGUCGUUCGGGAAGCAAACGUGACAGAGAAACAGCCGACACUGCUGACGACGGCCGCAACAAAAACAAUCAAUCGAUCACAGGAACAACCGCCACCACGACGAGUACUGCAAAACACAGCGAAAUGCAACCACCACCAAAGAAAAAGAAGGUGACGUAUGCCCUGCCAAAUCAGAGUCGUGAGGAGGGUCACUUCUACGUUGUGUUGGGAGAAGAUAUCGAUGCAUCAACGGGUCGCUUUAAAAUACUAUCGCUGCUCGGUGAGGGUACAUUCGGGAAAGUUGUGGAGGCAUGGGACCGGAAGCGGAAAGAGUAUUGUGCGGUAAAAAUAGUACGUAAUGUGCCAAAAUACACUCGCGAUGCGAAAAUUGAAAUUCAGUUCAUGGAACGUGUUCGACUCUCCGAUGUGGAGGACCGUUUCCCUUUAAUGAAAAUCCAGCGUUACUUCCAGAAUGAAACGGGUCAUAUGUGUAUUGUGAUGCCCAAGUACGGACCAUGCUUAUUAGAUUGGAUAAUGAAACAUGGUCCUUUCAAUCAUCGCCAUUUGGCACAGAUUAUCUUCCAAGUUGGUGCGGCACUGGAUUACUUCCACACGGAACUUCAUCUCAUGCAUACGGACCUGAAGCCGGAGAAUAUUCUAAUGGAAUCUGGUGAUACUUCGGUAGACCCAAUGACACACAGAGCGUUACCCCCUGAACCAUGCCGUGUGCGCAUUUGUGAUCUCGGCGGUUGUUGUGACGAGCGCCAUAGCCGCACAGCAAUUGUGUCAACACGUCACUACCGCAGUCCUGAAGUUGUGUUGAGCCUUGGAUGGAUGUAUUCAACAGAUCUGUGGUCGAUGGGAUGUAUCAUUUAUGAACUUUAUACUGGGAAACUGUUGUAUGAUACUCAUGACAAUUUGGAGCACCUGCACUUAAUGGAGAAGACGCUUGGACGCCUUCCUGCCGACUGGUCUGUGCGGUGUGGCACGCAAGAGGCUCGUGACCUCUUUACUGCUGCAGGUACGUUACAACCAUGCAAAGAUCCCAAACAUAUCGCUCGCAUUGCACGUGCCCGCCCCGUGCGGGAAGUUAUUACUGAACCACUUUUGUGUGACCUCAUUCUAAACUUGCUGCAUUAUGACCGUCAGAGGCGUCUGAAUGCUCGACAAAUGAUGAGUCACGCGUAUGUGCAUAAAUACUUUCCCGAGUGCCGCCAGCAUCCCAACCACGUGGACAACCGCUCUAAACUCCCCCCAACACCUGUCAUGUAA